GACAGCGGCGUGGCGGCGGCCGUGGCGGUAGCGACGGCAGGCCGUAGGGCGGUCAGAAGGUUUCCGGUUCCGGUGUAACGUUCGGGCUCCGUCUCAGGGGCUGAAGUUUGUGAGGUGUAGUAUUGAGUCCAGUUUGAGCUAUUGUUCUCUUUUUCCUGCAAAAUGGCACUGUCUAAGAGGGAGCUGGAUGAGCUGAAACCAUGGAUAGAGAAGACAGUGAAGAGGGUCCUGGGUUUCUCAGAGCCUACAGUGGUCACAGCAGCAUUGAACUGUGUGGGGAAGGGCAUGGACAAGAAGAAGGCAGCUGAUCAUCUGAAACCUUUUCUUGAUGAGUCUACUCUCCGAUUUGUGGACAAACUCUUUGAGGCUGUGGAGGAAGGCCGAAGCUCUAGGCAUUCCAAGUCUAGCAGUGACAGGAGCAGAAAACGAGAGCUAAAGGAGGUGUUUGGUGAUGACUCUGAGAUCUCUAAAGAAUCAUCAGGAGUAAAGAAGCGACGAAUACCCCGUUUUGAGGAGGUGGAAGAAGAGCCAGAGGUGAUCCCUGGGCCUCCAUCAGAGAGCCCUGGCAUGCUGACUAAGCUCCAGAUCAAACAGAUGAUGGAGGCAGCAACACGACAAAUCGAGGAGAGGAAAAAACAGUUGAGCUUCAUUAGCCCCCCUACACCUCAGCCAAAGACUCCUUCUUCUUCCCAACCAGAGCGACUUCCAAUUGGCAACACUAUUCAGCCCUCCCAGGCUGCCACUUUCAUGAAUGAUGCCAUUGAGAAGGCAAGGAAAGCAGCUGAACUACAAGCUCGAAUCCAAGCCCAGCUGGCACUGAAGCCAGGACUCAUCGGCAAUGCCAACAUGGUGGGCCUGGCUAAUCUCCAUGCCAUGGGCAUUGCUCCCCCGGCUCAACUGGAGAAGCUGCAGGCAGAGAUUUCACAAGCAGCUCGAAAAACAGGCAUCCAUACUUCGACUAGGCUUGCCCUCAUAGCUCCUAAGAAGGAGCUAAAGGAAGGAGAUAUUCCUGAAAUUGAGUGGUGGGACUCUUACAUAAUUCCCAAUGGCUUUGAUCUUACAGAGGAAAAUCCCAAGAGAGAAGAUUAUUUUGGAAUCACAAAUCUUGUUGAACAUCCAGCCCAGCUCAAUCCUCCAGUUGACAAUGACACACCAGUUACUCUGGGAGUAUAUCUUACCAAGAAGGAACAGAAAAAACUCCGGAGACAAACAAGGAGGGAAGCACAGAAGGAACUACAAGAAAAAGUCAGGCUGGGCCUGAUGCCUCCUCCAGAACCCAAAGUGAGAAUUUCUAAUCUGAUGCGAGUAUUAGGAACAGAAGCUGUUCAAGACCCCACGAAGGUAGAAGCCCAUGUCAGAGCUCAGAUGGCAAAAAGACAGAAAGCGCAUGAAGAGGCCAACGCUGCCCGAAAACUCACAGCAGAACAGAGAAAGGUCAAGAAAAUUAAAAAGCUUAAAGAAGACAUUUCACAGGGGGUACACAUAUCUGUAUAUAGAGUUCGAAAUUUGAGCAACCCAGCCAAGAAGUUCAAGAUUGAAGCCAAUGCUGGGCAACUGUACCUGACAGGGGUGGUGGUACUGCACAAGGAUGUCAACGUGGUAGUAGUGGAAGGGGGCCCCAAGGCCCAGAAGAAAUUUAAGCGUCUUAUGCUGCAUCGGAUAAAGUGGGAUGAACAGACAUCUAACACGAAGGGAGAUGAUGAUGAGGAAUCUGAUGAGGAAGCUGUGAAGAAAACCAACAAAUGUGUACUAGUCUGGGAGGGUACAGCCAAAGACCGGAGCUUUGGAGAGAUGAAGUUUAAACAGUGUCCUACAGAGAACAUGGCUCGUGAGCAUUUCAAAAAGCAUGGGGCUGAACACUACUGGGACCUUGCGCUGAGUGAAUCUGUGUUAGAGUCCACUGAUUGAGACUACUGCAAGCCCUUGCCUCUCCCCCCCUUGCCUUUGUCUCUUCAGUCCUCUCACUUAUUCUAUUUCCCAACCCACUCCCACUUGUUUGUGUGAUCUCAGAACUGUGCCAAGCAGACACUGGGACAAAGGGAGAAUAUCUUGCUCCCCUCCCGAGUCAGCCUGGUGUUGCCCUUUAUUCCCCUUAUGUGCAUAUGAUUAAAGAGUUAUUUUUAAA